GUUGGAGGCUUCGCCACAAGACGGUUUCUUGGGAUUUGUCACGGCAAAUUUUAUGCCGACGUGGCCUACGUCAUAGCUUCCCUGGCGUUACAAUCAAGAAUACCGAUGUAUCUAGAUGUUCGUGACAGGUAGCGAAGGCCUCAUUACUUGGUAUUAUUUACGUGGCGCGCAUUUUCGACGACUUCUGCGACGACCCUACUUGUUUAUUUUCUCUCUCUUUCAGUUACAUUUUCUCUCAGCUAUCAGAACGAGAACUUGCGACUUCUUGAGUCACCGACACAACUACCUCUAAACUUCUCUCAACCUUGCAUCAACAGGUUGCAACCAUGGGUGCUAUUUCUGCCGUCUUCCUUAUCCUCAUCACGAUUUUCUGUCAGUCACAGACUCCUCCUGAUCGCACAAUGCAAAGCAAAACUAAUGUAGUCGCAGUCCCUCCCAUCGGCGUCUGGGCCGUUGCAGGAUGUGGAAUGGAUCUGUUCAUCAACAUCUGCUUGACCCUUCUUGGCUUCCUUCCAGGUCAUAUCCAUGCCUUCUACCUUGAGUACAUCUACUACGACCGCCGAGAACAGGCGCGCGAGGGUCGUUUUGCGACUGGACCUGCGCCUGGCAUUUACUCCGACAACGUGCAGACUGGCGGACAGGGCUAUGGAACAAUGGGACGCGCAGCAUAAAGUGAAUAGAAGUUGGUGGUAAUCGACUCUAGUUAUUGGCUGUCUUGGAAUUCAGGCGAAGUUGUUUGCAUCAACUGGGUGUUGCAUAUUCGCCGACAUCGGCAGCAAUAAAGGUGGUGCAAGGAGCUGAUGCCUGCCUAACCUUUGGGUUAUAUACAGAGUGAUGUGGUUUGUUGUUAAAUCAACUGGUCUGGUGUGAGAAUGGUGACGCAGUGUCAAUACGAUAUUAGUACGCUGAUGUUGAAAGACAUGUGGUACGUCUUAGAGAAUGUUGAAUUCAAGUUGGAUUUCGAUAUUCGUCCAUGCUGGUAAAGGGAAGGGGUUGAAACUCCAAUCAUAGAGAGAGGAUACCACAACGCCUGUAUGUAUAGUCCGUAUUAUUAAAUAUCUCUGUAUGUAGAAUCGAAUAACAUUAGGAACGUACUGGGAAC